GUAUUAUCAGCUGUCCCAUAUUUUUUGGCAGUGUUAUGUCAAAUUCACCUGCUCCAGAUGUCAAUUUUGACACGUUGUAUUUUGUACACAAAUACGGUGUAAAACCGAUUUAAUAUGAUAAAAUGGCGAGUCUAGACGAUGACGCUUCCUGGGUGACUGAUUUAGAGAGUGCCUUGUUGGAGGAAUGUUCGGCCACUGAUAUUUUUUGCAUUUGUAAGGGAAAACCCUUGCCAGAGGCUGUGCGUGCAGAAGUAUGGCAAAUAUGUUUGGACGUGCGAGACAAGGGCAACCAGUUAGACCACUUCAACGAGAUCUACGACCUACCGAAUCAGACCGUGUUGCGGGAAGACUGCCGCAACUUCGUCUCGAACUUGGGAAACGACGAGGAGGACAAACUCUCCGUCGUAUCCGAUCUCGAAUCCAUACUAACUUUCUACUGCAAAAGCCGCAACGUACAGUACACACAGAACAACGGUUGGAUCGAACUGCUCCUACCCAUUUUAACACUGAAAGUGCCGAGAUCUGUGACCUAUAAUUUGUUUGAGGCGAUCAGGGAUACCUAUAUUCCUCAGAGUUGCCAUUUGGAUGGGAAUGCGUUUCAUAUUUUGAGGCUUUUGUUGUUGUACCAUGAUCCAGAGCUGUGCUCCUUCCUGGACACGAAGCGUAUUACGCCCGAGAAUUAUUGCCUCACUUGGUUCCAGUCCCUGUUUGCUGCUACAUGCUCCUUAGAGGUGGUGAUAAACAUGUGGGACUACUAUUUCCAACAGAGCGACCCAUUCUUCAUUUUCUUUUUGUCGCUGAUAAUGGUGGUGAACGCACGCGAUCAAAUCGUCUCCAUGACGAACGAGCCCCGUGAGAAGAUCAUCACCAGCCUGUCCAACAUGCCUUGCGGUCUCGAGGCCGACGACGUCGCUGACUUUUGUUCCCUGGCCCAGUAUUAUGCUCUUAAAACACCGAUCUCCUUCCGCACCGAUCUGAUGCAAAGUUUGUACAACGGCCGCGGCGAAAAAUCUGCGUUCGUCGCCCAGGCGCUCUGUUUGCCCGUUUCGGUGCACGAGCUGGUCGAAAAUACGGCGCAGCAAACGAAGAGUGCAGAUGCAGUUAGGUUUUUCCUGGUUGAUUGUAGGCCGAUUGAGCAGUACAACGCCGGUCAUUUGCCUACCGCUUUUCACUUGGACUGCAAUCUGAUGCUGCAGGAGCCGGGGGCCUUCGCCACCGCUGUUCAAGGUCUGCUGUCUGCGCAGAAGCAGGCACUUGCACAUAAUUCCAGUGCAGGUGGAGAGCACUUAUGUUUCCUGGGCUCAGGCCGCAACGAGGAGGAUCAGUACACGCACAUGGUGGUAGCGUCGUUCUUGCAGAAGCACACGCAAUACGUUUCCCUGUUGACCGGCGGUUAUGCGGCGGUCCACGACUACUUCUCGGACAGUCUGGACGACUUUUUGAACGACCACGACCCACGACAUUGCAUAAUAUGCGGCCCAACUUACAAUUAUGCCGCUGCGGCGCAACAACACUCCAAAUCUCAUCAAGGAAGCGACAUUUUUGGAAAGAUUUCCGCCGCCAUGAAGUCAAAGUCGGCUGAAGUGAAGGAAAAGCUGAUCGACUACAUCGUGAACCCGAACAACAGCAGUCCAGUACAAGAAAGGCACGUGUCCAGUUCCGAUAAAAUCGGAAAACGAUAUAGGGACGUAGCGCCAGUGUUUAGUAUCGACGACGAUCACGACAACGUCGCUAGCAUUCAGAAUCUUCUCCAGCAAGAAGAAGACGAAGACGAACACGAGCUGGUGCAGAUCCAAGCGUGCCUGAAAAGCCCCGGAGUGAUAGAGCAUUUCCCGUGCCAGGAGGUCAAACUGAACGGUUUCAUGUACAAGAGUCAUCUGAUUGUAACCGCCACCGAACUGAUUGUGCUGCGCGAGGUGCCCAACAUGAAGGGCCACGCAGAGGUGAUAGUAAAACGGCCACUUUCCGCAAUUGUCAAGAUCACGGCCCGGAAAAGGCAUCCGGACUUGAUCACAUUCAAAUACGGGGUUCCCGACGGGGAGAAUCUCAAAAUUUCAGAUAUGGAUAGAUUCUUAAUCCCGAACGCGGAUCGUGCUACCAAAGUUGUAUCGGAUCAGAUACGUAAACAGUUGUAGAUGGUUGUUGACGCUUUUUAGGCUGAUUCGCGUACUUAUUUCUGGAACAUAGAUGAAUUUUAUUAUAAGUCAGAUAUUUUUAUCAUGUUGUCUUGUAUACAUUAAUGAAGAUUAAUAUAUUUAACUUAAUACUGUUUUAAAUAUCCGCAAUAAAGACAUUAACAUUA